AUGGCUGCGGUUCAGUGUUUGAGACAGUUCGUCAAAGAGCGACUACUUGCUGCUGCUGAGGAAAUAUUCGGAGUUUUUGAAAAAACCAUCGUGGAGUACGAAGAAGAGAUCGAUCGCCAGCGCAGACUGCUGGAUGAGGAGGAGGAAGAAGAGGAGGUUCUCACUGACCAGCAGCAGCUCUGUGUUCAAGAGAGGAACUCCAGUUUGGACCAAGAGGAGCCAGAGCCUCCACAGAUUAAAGAGGAGGAACAGGAGGAACUCUGCACCAGUGAGGAGGGAGAGCAGCUGUUACUGAAGCAGGAGACUGAUGCCUUUAUGUUGACUCCUACUCAUGGUGAACAUGAAGACCAGACUCUGAACUUCAGUAUCGGUGUGGUGGAGGAACAGCCUCUAAACCACAUUUCAGUUAAAAGCUCUGUGGUACCGAAACACAACAGUGACCCCUGUCUCCUCUCUCACAGCUCUCAUGAAGCUGAGAGCCAAAAUCAGAGUGAAGGCAAGCAUGGAGACUUAGGAUCAAGAAAUGCAGAGCCAGAACCAAAGAAGAGAUAUCGCAACAGUAACAACGUAAACAACGCUAACUUGUCAGGGAUUCAACGUAAAACUCAAAUAGAGCUCCGACAGCAACAUGUCUGUAAGGAGGAGGAGGUUCUCACUGACCAGCAGCAGCUCUGUAUUCAGGAGAGGAACUCCAGUGUGGACCAAGAGGAGCCAGAGCCUCCACAGAUUAAAGAAGAGGAACAGGAGGAACUCUGCACCAGUGAGGAGGGAGAGCAGCUUGUACUGAAGCAGGAGACUGAUGCCUUUAUGUUGACUCCUAGUUACAAGAAAAGUGAAGAUCAAACUCUGAGCUUGUGUAAAAGAUUCACUGAUAUAUUGAACGGUCAUAAAAAAAAACACACAGGUGAGAAGCUGUAUUCUUGCAAAACAUGUGGGAAAAGAUUUAAUUACCAAUCAUCUUUGAACUAUCAUUUAAGAACCCAUACAGAUGUGAAGCUGUUUUCUUGUGAAACAUGUGGGAGAUGCUUAAGUUCAAUAGCAUCAUUGAAGAUUCAUAUGAGAAUCCAUACGGGGGAGAAUCCAUAUCCUUGCAAAACAUGUGGGAAAAGAUUUCCUCAGAUGUCAUCAUUGAGCUAUCAUAUGAAAACCCAUACAGGUGAAAAACCAUAUUCUUGCAAAACAUGUGGGAAAUGUUUCCGAGCCAGCAGUCACUUAAUAGGUCACAUGAGAAUGCACACAGGUGAGAAGUCUUAUACUUGCAAAACAUGUGGGAAAGCUUUCAGAUGUAGCAGUAACUUAAAAAGCCAUAUGAGAAUCCACACCGGUGAGAAGUCUUAUACCUGCGAACCAUGUAGGAGAUCUUUCAGAUGUAUCGGGCACUUAAAAGGCCACAUGAGAUCGCACACGGUUGAGAGUUUGAACAACUGCAGCACAGAGGUUCCAGCUGUUGCAGCCAUUCAUGUGAGAAGCUCUAUGACUCAAAAAUAUGUGGAAGAUAUUUCAGAAAACUAAUCUUUAAUGUAUGGUGGCAGGAAGAACUUCACCUGUAUGUGCCCUUCAGGUUGAGACAGGAGAAAUGCCACUGGGUUUAUGCAGCAAACAGCUUUGGUCAACUAUUGGAUACAUUGAGUGGUCAUGGAGAUAGACACCAACCAGGGGCCUGU